AUGACCAAUUAUGCGCUGAUCACCUUUUCGGCCCUGAGCUGCUUCCUCGUUCCGCUCCCAUUCCCUUGGCACUGGCGGGCCAAAAAUGUCGGCACCCUCAGCAUGAUGGCUUACUUGAUUCUGAGCAACAUCGACAUCCUCGUCAACACUUCUGUAUGGGCGCAUUCCUUCGAAAACCUUGCGCCGGCAUGGUGCGAGAUUAGUAUCAGAAUACGCCAUCUCACGAACUUUGCCCUCCUAUGCUGCAACCUGUGCAUCGCUCGACGUCUCGAAUCGAUCGCGUCGACCAGAGAAGUCAGACUGACGGAGCAAGGCAGAAGAAGGCGUCUUCUCGUCGAUCUCUUCAUCACCGUCGGCCUCCCGAUCGUGCACCUAUCGCUCAUGAUCGUCAAUCAAGGUCAUCGAUUUGACGUUCUCGAGGGCCGUGGCUGCUGGCCAAGCUACGUGCCAACAGCGGUUUAUUUGGUUCUCGUGCUCCUGCCUUGGGUCUUCGUCUGCAUCGCUUCACUCGUCUACAGCAUCCUUGCCUUUCGAUGGUUCAUCGUCCGUCGCAGACAAUUCGCAGCGGUGUUGCAGUCCACCGCGUCGCAUCUCAACAAAUCGCGCUACCUUCGGAUGAUGAUGUUCUCCAUCGUCGACAUCCUGUUUUUCUUCCCUCUUGUCAUGGUCGUCUUCGUACGUCAGACCCAGAUACCCGGAGGCCUCGCACCCUACAAGUCAUGGGGCGACGUCCAUUACGGCUUCGACCGAGUGUCGCUCUAUCCCGCAGAGGCAAUCGAGCUCAGGAUGGGCUCUACUGUGGUUCUGGAUCUUACUCGGUGGACAUCGCCCAUCAGCGGCAUCUUCUUCUUUCUCAUGUUCGGGCUGGGUGAGGAGGCCAUCAAGACCUACAAGAGAUUCUUUCAACGCAUCGGAUUGAUGUCCGCAAAGACGAACCCGAAGGAUACUUUCACUGUGUCGAAAACAUGGAUCGCACUCUUGACGAAGGGCACGGAGUGA